CUCGCUCGUCACUUGUUUCCCGUUUCUAGAAAAUAAACAAACCCGACGUUGCGCCACCACGGAAUCCGAGGGGGAAACCUACUGAAACUGUUGUCUAGACUCAGUAGUGGCAGGAUGUCAGUUGUCGAGGAGGCCACUUGCCGCGAGGGAGGGGAAGUGACAGCGGAAAGCGAGCACAUCAUCUUCAGCGGCGAGAACGUGACAGGAGAUUUGUGUCUCCAGGGCGAAGGGACAGAGGAGAGUCUUCCCCUCUUUAAGAAGGUGGGCAGGAGGUGGAAGUCCCUACCCGCGCAGGGAGAUGACGUUACCAUAAAGGACCCCAGGCUGAAGCAGGGGUAUCUGGGGGACUUGAGCAAGAAGUCGGUCAUUGAGCUGGAAGAUGCUCUCAGGAGACAGGAUGCAAUACUUAACAAUAAAACACUGCUGGCAAAACUUCCAGACAGGGGUGAACGCCUUAGAGGAAGGCGGAGGGAAGUUGCUGAGGCUCUUGAGAAAGUGAGAGAAAGGGAGAGGACUUUGAGAACUGCGGAUCUUCCUGUUGACGUUCAGGCAUUAGAAUGGAGAGGCAUCAAUGGGAAUGUAAGUGAGAGAGUUGCAACUACUAGACAGCAAAAUGGCGAUGACAUUGAUAGUGAUGAUGAAAAUUUAGACCCUCUGGAGCUCAUGGCUCAGCACUCUUCUUGCAUCAAGAAAAAAGAUCACAGGAAGUCCUGGUCUGAAGAGGAAGACCCAGCAGAUGUUAUAUCCCGUGAACUGAAACAGAUGGAAUUGAGAGAUGCACAAGAGUCUGCACACAAUGAAAAAGAAAGAACCAAUGAAGGGGGAGGCAAAAGCUCUAGACUUAGAGAAAACUUAGGAAAUGAACAGAAGGCCAUUCAGAAUCAAGUCCCUAGCCAUUCUGCGCUUGAUUUUGGUACAAAGCGUAUUCAGAUGUUAGAGUUGCGGCGGUUAAGAAAUGGUGAAGUCAGAGAGCCUUUUAAACCAUUCAGACGACUUGAACAUCCCCAGCCUCUUCCUGAUAUCCAAAAUAUAAUAGAUAAUCAUAGACCAAAGUCAGACCGCCAAGUCAAACUGAUAUCACUACAAGAGUCUAUAACCCUAGAACGAAGCUAUCUCUCCAAAAUGAAGGAAAGAGAGAUGAAAAAGACAGUGGAAGCACUUGCACAGAUGAAAAAUACAAAAAUGGAAAUUGGUUUACCUCCCAAAGCAUCAUGUUUGAAGUACAGGGAUGUCAAUGUUGCUAAGCAUCUCUUGGACUCGGAUGAAGAGGACAAUUGUUACUUACCUGCUCAUUCAGAUGAUUAUGAUGAUGACGAAGAAGAAAUAUAUGCAGAUUGAUUGUUACCACUUUUAAGAUUAAAAUGUAGUAUACUACAAACGUACUACAUGAUUAACCCUCCGGCUCUGUGCACCAUCUCAUCUUUGUACAACUGAGCUUAUUUUGCUGAUUUGAAUCCCCAUGCACACAAAAAAUGACCACAGAUCAUACAAACGUAAAAAUGCAUUUGUUACUGAUUACUCUCAUUAUAGAGGAUAUAUUUUAGGGUACAAAGUACAGUGCAAAGGGAAGCAGGACACCGUUAUAGCCAGGAUUUGUAGAAGUAGAUGGACUAUAUGGACAAGGCUAAGGGUGUCUCUGUGGAAGAUAUUAAUUCUGCAUAAUGUGUGAACAUAUUAUAAAAAUAGGAAACCGCAAAAAAAAUAUUACAGAUAUCUUUAUUUUUUUUAUCAUAUAUGCCGCCCCCUGCACCUUUAUGUGUAAACAAAUGUUUUAUAUGUUUUUAGGGUGAAACAUAUCUGCACCAGAUAUGAAAAUUUACUCAUAUUUAACCAAUGUCUGAGAGUUAAACAGUGUUCAUAUUUUGAUAUGUUGAUGGAAAGUUAAUUUUUGUGGACUUAUGAAUAUGCACAUAUUGAUGUAUAAGGAGUGAUAUUAAUAUUUUUUUAUCAACAGAGUUGGUUAUUUUUUCUGUACAUUUGUAAGGUGAAGUUACUUUUAGUCAGAUAUAUAUUACUGAGAAAGCUA